AUGAUUUUGGAACACCCAGCUGUUGGUGGACAAGUGAUUCAUUGUGGCUGGAAUUCAUUUCUAGAAGGUGUGACUGCUGGCUUGCCAAUGAUCACAUGGCCUAUAUUUGCUGAGCAAUUUUACCACGAGAAAUUCGUGACAGAGACUGAAGAGACCAAGGAGGUGAUGAAGAGGGAGGAUAUAGAGAAGGCAGUGAAGUUUUUGUUGGGAAGUGAAGAAGAAGCUGCAGAGAUGAGGAAUCGAGCAAGGGAGCUUGGAAAUGCAGCAAGGAAGGCUGUAGAGAAUAGUGGGUCAUCUCAGCCCAACUUCAUGGGCUUGAUCAAUGAGCUAAAAUCGUUAAAAUCUAAAAGAAACUGA